UACAGAUCGUAACGAAGCUUCGUCAUCGUGUUAAUUAAACAGAUCGAAGAUUGAUAAACUUCGUGGGAGGCCAUUGCAAAGAUGGCGUACAUAAGCCUACAAAUUGAGAGUAUUACGCACGAACACGCUAGAAAUAAUAUUAACGUAAACAAUUACACCAGAACGCGUAAGUCUAUCUCUUUGUAAAUAUAUAUAAUGAGAUUCUUAAAAGAGAGAAAGAGAGAGAGAGAGAGAGAGAGAGAGAGAGAGAGAGAAUAUUAGGAUAUAGAUAACAGCUUAAAAGUUGGCUCAUACAUCAUAAGGGACAUUCUUUAUCAAGGAAUUCUUCGUCUUCGGCAAAAAUAAAAUAAAAACUAUCGAACAGGAUAUAAUUUUAUUAAAGGCAUAUAUAUAUGUAUAUAUGUAUAUGUUACGUAUAUAUGUGUAUGUUUAUAUAUGUUAGUUAUAUUGUACUAUUCGAAGAAUUUAGGAAGUAAUAAUAACAAAAGAACUUGUAAACAAUCAAAGGACGAUUGCGAACUCGGCCUUGACACGACUUUCCUUUUUCGUCCCUACGGAGUUUUAAUUAAGCUGUUACGUAGUUCUCGUAAUCGUCUCUUAGGCGGUGCUCGGGGUCCAUGGGCGGGCCCCGCCGCUCCCGAAGGGGACCUAUAUAAGUACUGCCACGGAGCGUUCGCGUGUUAAGCGAUCCUACAAUACAAUCACUUCUGCCUCAUCAGCAGCAACGAGACAUGCGUCUUCCUGUGCCGUUCCUUCUUUCUUGCGUCAGCUUGGUGGCCGGCCAAUAUAACAAUCGACCUUACCAGAUGACCACUCCUGUGCCUAUUCUCAAGCAAAUCAACAAGCACAACGGAGACGGUAGCUACAGUUAUGGUUACGAGGCUGCCGAUGGUUCUUACAAAAUCGAAUCAAAAUAUCCGACCGGUGAAGUUUAUGGGAAAUAUGGAUUCGUUGACGAUACCGGGAACGUUCGAGAGAUCGAGUAUGGUGCUACUAGGCGUGGAUUCGAGCCUGCCGGAGCUGGGAUUAAUGUACCACCACCGACCUUGACCUCAGCCAAUAGCAUUGCGAACGAGCCCGAGGACGAUGGUCAAUACCGAGAGGACCCAUCGGUUUAUUAUACCGAUCCAAGAUAUACCAAUGGUGAACGUUACGAGCCAAGAUCACCAGCUCAGCCUUAUAAUCUUCAACGACGUCCUCCCAUCGAUUCACGUUCUUUACCAAGCAAUUCUAUGCCAAUUGCUCCUCGAAUGUCGGCGCCUCGAUACGAGGCCGCGUAUCGACCACAGUAUCAACCGCAAUAUCAAGGACAACAGGGACAAGGGAGAUCCUUGUACACUCCAAUGGCAUACCAAGCCGGAUAUCAGGGACAUCCGGCGCCCAACGUGGUCUCAAAUGCUGGCUUGGCAUCCUAUACUAUAAAUUACAAACGAUAGAGAGAAAUUACAAAAAAUCAAAAUGGCAGACAAUAUGGGCGCGAUCUAUCGUCUUCUUCUUCUUCUUCUUCUUCUUCUUCUUCUUCUUCUUCUUCUUCUUCUUCUUCCUGUCUUAUGUAAAUAAUUUUAAAUUAAUUUAUACGCAAUACAUUCGUUGUUUCUUUUUCUUUUUUUUUUUUUUUUUCUUUUCUUUUUUCUUUUUUAGUUCACAUCACGAGACUUUCACACAAUCUUCUCGUUUCUUUUUUGUUUGUUUGUUUUGUACGUUCGUUUAAUUUAGAUUUACUUACGACGGAUGCACCCGUGCAUUCCAACUUAUAUGCAUCUAACGAAUACAGUUCGAAUGCAAUGCAAAUAAAGGCUGCUUUACGUUUA